GGACGUCAGCGGCGCGGGGCCGGCUCCGUGUGCGCUUGCGCGGAGCCAAAGGUAGCGCGGCUGCGAGAGUGCGCGGGUUGCCGUGGUGGUCCGCGCCCUGUCAGUCAGCCAGUCGCGCGCGGAAGGUGAUGAACUUGUCGGCUCCCGGCGGCCCUCCUUCCUCCUCCGGCUCUCGCCGCCGCCAUUAUGUCCGUCACCAUAGAGCAAGAGUUCCAAGAGAUCGACGCUGCUAACGACUGGCAGCCCCGGUACCUGGAUAUACGGCACCAAUCCAAUGACUAUCCACAUAAAAUUGCGAAGUAUGCAGAAAAUCGAAAUCGUAACAGAUACAGAGAUGUUAGCCCAUAUGAUCACAGUCGUGUGAGACUACAGAACACAGACAAUGAUUAUAUCAAUGCAAGCCUGGUGGUUAAUGAAGAAGCUCAGAGAAAUUAUAUAUUAACACAGGGUCCACUUCCAAAUACAUGCUGCCAUUUUUGGCUAAUGGUAUGGCAACAAAAGACAAAAGCAGUUGUUAUGCUGAACAGAAUUGUUGAGAAAGACUCGGUGAAAUGUGAACAAUACUGGCCUACGAGGGAAGAGGAACAAAUGAUGUUCAAAGAAACUGGAUUUUGUGUGAGGCUAAAAUCUGAAGAUGUCAAAUCGUACUAUACUGUACGCCAACUUCAGCUAGAAAACAUUAAAACUGGGGAGUCCAGAAUUAUAUUCCAUUUUCAUUAUACCACAUGGCCAGAUUUUGGAGUUCCUGAAUCUCCAGCUUCAUUCCUUAACUUCUUGUUUAAAGUCAGAGAAUCUGGAUCUUUGAGCCCUGAUCAUGGGCCUGCAGUCAUUCACUGCAGUGCAGGAAUUGGACGUUCUGGUACAUUUUCUUUGGUAGACACGUGUCUUGUCCUGAUGGAAAAAAGAGAAGACCCAUUUUCUGUAGAUAUAAAACAAGUAUUACUAAAUAUGAGAAAAUACCGAAUGGGACUUAUCCAAACUCCCGAUCAGCUGAGAUUUUCCUACAUGGCUGUAAUAGAAGGAGCAAAGUACAUAAUGGGAGAUCCUACUAUACAGAAUCGAUGGAAGAUACUUUCAAAAGAGGACCAAGCACCAAGUUCUGGACGUUCCCCUCCACAAGCAACCAAAAUAACUACGGAGAAGUUCAAUGGAAACAGUGUGGGAUUAGAAAAACAGGAGCAAGAUGAGGACAUAAAUGCUGACCUGUCUUCCACGUUACAGAAUGCUGCAGAUGCAAAUGCUGACGUUACUUUCCGGAAACGGCUGAGAGAGGAUAGAAAAGCUAACACAGCACAGAUGGUGCAGCAGAUGAAACAUAGGCUGAGUGAGACUGAAAGAAAAAGAAAAAGGUGGUUAUAUUGGAAACCUAUUCUUAGUAAGAUUGGAUUUGGUUCAGCCCUUUUCAUUGCAGCUUAUUCUUGCUGGCAUUUGUACUUCCAUGGUUCUCUCUUUUGAGCGCUUAUGCAAUGAUGUAUCUACAAAUAUAAGUUCCACUGAUUUCAGUGGGAUCAAGUAUUGCUGGGUCCAAUAUAGCUACCAUAGCUCAUGGAACAAAUGUGCUGGUAGUUUAGUGGGAAUUUCACUUUGCCGCAAUGAAUGCCUAUAUUUGAAUUUAAUGCAGUAAGCCUGUAAUGCACAAUAUGAAAACCUGAAUAAUAGUGUCUGUCUCAGGACUCUUCACUGCAGGUACUUCUGAAACCAAACUGACACCUGGGGCCCUUUCACUGGGCACAAUUGUAGCACUUUAAUUCCAUUUGAACUGCCCUGGCUUCAUCCUAUGAUAUGCUGGGAUCUGAUGGUUUCGUGAGAUGUGCAGAAUUCUCUGCCAGAGCAGCAAUGCUUAUGAAUCCAAGGAGCCCAUAGGAUGCAGCUGUGGCAGUUUGUGGAAUUAAAGCUAUAGUUGUGUAAGAAGAACCCCUGGAAUAAGAUUGUAUACUCUUGUUGGGUAAAUUGAUGCAUAUUUUUCAGCAACUACAUGUAUAGAACUCAAAAUAGCCAACUAGACUGAAUUUUCAAAGUUUCAUUCUGCCAAUUUGCAUACUGAUACAAGCAAUAAACAGUAUGGUGUUGUCGUUUGAAUGAAGACCAGUUCAACUCAUGUGUGGAAUAUACUAUGAACACUUUAUAUUCUGACUUAAAUUUUAUAUCUAUAUAACCGUACCCUUUUGUAAUCUACUGUAUUUUUAAAAGCUACAUUUGUACAAAUCUCUCUAACAGAAAAAGUAUGCAUUAGUUCCUGGUGCAUCCAUCCCAAACAUUUCAAGAGUAAUUAGGAACUGUAUUGACUUCACAAUUUCCAACUUAGUGAUUAGUGCAUAGCCCUUUGAGACAUUUGUUGUUAGCAGAUGCCAACUACUUCUCAAUUUCUGCUCUGUAAGUUGUAUUCAUGUAUUUAUGCUUGUAGUUGCCUUUUUAUUUAAAAAAAAACUUGAAAAUGUUUAAUGUUAGAGACUACUGGGGGCUUGGGUCCUGUAGCUCCAACUGAUUGUUUUGAAGGGAGCUGUGUUAAGACUGCAGUUACUGUUGGAAGCCGUAGCUUGUGUUUAAAAUUCAAACAUUCCAUUAAAUGUGAAAACAUUUUUGUGUGUCUCAUUUAAUUUGAGUUCUAUUCCUUGCACUAUUUAAGGGUCCUUUUAUAAUGGGCACAGACAACAUAUGAGAAACGUUUUACUUUGAACAAUUAUUAGAGAAACUGAUAUAUAUAGAGAGAGAGAGAGAGAGAGAGAGAGUGUUCUUCUUUCAGGAAAGGAAAAAUUGAACAGCUCUACUUGAAUAAUUUAUUUCUGUUACUCUCUGAGAAGCCACUAUGGCAGUAAAAUGUGACACUGAUAAUUUUCAAAUACCUAAGUAUAUUUAAGAAAACUAAACUAAGGGAAAGAAAAGAUAUUAAGCAAUGGUUCAGGAUCAAGUCAUCAUCUGUAGGAAAAAUAUAAAACAGAUUCAGGCCUUUCAAUUUGGCUAGAUGAAUUGCAUGACUGCAGGAGUAUGGUUUCUGUAGCUGUUCUAAGAAUUCUUAUCCUGGGGAAAUAAGUAGUACCACCACACCUGAGAGCAUUGAAGUGGUCACAAAGAAGCUACUUCUAUACUUUGCAAUAUAGAAAUAAAGUAGUCAAAUGAAGCUUCAUUUAAAUUUAUCACUAACUAUCUGAAAACAUAUCUUUUUUUAAAGAAUUAUUUUAAGUGUUGUGAGGUUAGCAAAAAAGCUAUGAUACAUUUCAUGUCAUCAUUAUUUGUUACUUUGAAUGUUUUUAGUAUAAUGGGAUUGGGCAAACAGAUUUAUUUAAAGGUACUGAUACAAAAUUUAAAGCUUUCUGUAUAUAAAUGAAAUAUUGUGUAACCCAAGAACAUGAUACCACAACAGCAAAAGCAGUAUUUCAUCUUCAGAUGAGAUUAUCCAAGCUUUCAAACUGGUCUUUAGGAUAAGCAUUUGUAUGUGCAUACAGAAAGUCAGAUAAAGUAACUUGCUUUUAAUUAUUCCCAUUAAAUAACAGAUGUGAGCCUUAAAGAAAUCUAGCUUGCAGAGGGCUUGACACCGUGUCCUCUGAAGGCAAAGCAUAUAUUAUAUGGCUGAACCACAGUCUCUCAUUUCUCAGCUAUAAGUGGCCUUCCUUAAAACAAUUUACCCUAAAACUAAGCAGCUAUGUGUUCCAUCCCAUCACUAUAUAAAACAUGAUCUACUUUUUAGAUUAUUUAUAUAAAAUUCACUAAGCCUUGUUGCAUCCAAAUUAAAACACGAAUCACCUUCAGAAUAAUUUUUUUUUAAAUACAGUUGGAUUAUACAACCAUUUAAUAACUCUUCUGGAAAGUAUCAUUAGACUAUAUUCAUUAACAGAUGGGUGUAUGUAAAGUGCACACCACCAUUUAUGUAAAUUAAAAUAAUUUCUUCCUUUGGGAAAUAAAAUGGCAUAACUUUCUCGUGAAUGCUAUACAAAUCAGUUCAGCAGCUGACCUCAUGUUCAUGUUUCAGUGAUAUUUCCUUCUAUCCAUGCAGACCUUCUUUGGGCUUGCUUUGCAGCUCAAGCAAUGAAACUAGUCUUCAAUUAAUUAGUUUCCCAUCUUGUUUGAACUUGGGGACAAAUUUGGUUGUUGAACUGUUGUCUGAAGUUGGUUUAAUUAUUCAAAAUCUCUCUUUGACAAGUUGUAAUAAAGAAACAAUUUCACAGUACUGUGCAGGAAACAAUAGUCUUGGAUAGUGUCUUAGCAACAUGAUUUAACAAGGUGAAGCAUAGAUACAGUUUUACUGGAGAAAUUUAUUAUGUCAUAAGGUGCUGCCCUAAUAAACAGGAACACAUAUAUUCAUUUAAUUCUACUCUAAGCUCUUUUGGUUUGACAGUUUCAGUUGCUACAUACAUUAUUUGGUUCCCUCCCCCUUGACCUUGGCUAGAUUUUCGUUUCAGUUAUUUUCUGGCCAUUCAGAUCUAACCAUUAUUUCUGGAAGAUGUGCUUCCAAUUUAAAGUUCUUAAAUGAUGGAGGAUUGUUAUCCCUGUACAAACAGAAAUGAAACUUGCAAAUAUCAAAUGUUAACAGUUGUUUGUUUUGUAUCUUAAAUAUAAACUGAUUUAUAAAUCCAACUUAAAUAAGAACCUUGUUCAAAAUACCGUUGUAUCUGUCAAUUUGUUUUACCAAAAUCAUUUUUUAAAUUGUGUGCUUUUCAGUUCAAGUUCAGUGGUUAAUAUCGUGGUCCUCUGUUGAUUCUCAUUUCUCGAAUACUUUUGAAGGUUAAUUACAGUUUUCAGUAAGCUUUUAUUUCUGAAAUUGAUAAUGGUAAACUUUCAAUGAAAUAAGAGAUCAGUGAUGUUAUUAUAAAACCCACAUAUUUUAAAAUCAAAAUACAUUUGAGAUUUGUCUUAGAGCAGAAAUAAAUGAACUAUUUUUUCAAAUUCAGUCAAGAGCUAGGCAUUACUUGUCAUUGGAUAUUUUAGUUGGAUUCUGUCAUACAAUAUGUAUACAUGACAAUUUUUUAUAUAUACACAUACCCGUUUUGGAAACUGCUAGAAAUAAAUAUGGCUUUCAUUGUACCAGGAAUUUGUUUUUCACAGUUGCAGUGAAGUUAAAACCAUAGAAUUGUUAUCUCUUCCUGUACUGAACCUGUGACUCUUUUGCGUUGUGUGUCUGUAGGCCGAGAGUGACCGACACCUAAGUGGCCAAGACUUGUGAAUAUUCUGCAGCUAUAAUAACACACUAUUGGCAUGCAAAGCAGAACAUCAUCCCUCUUCAGGAACAAAAGUGAGGUCUGAACAUACCCAGUGGCCUCGUAAAUAUCUGUUUACAACGUAAACAACCAGGGAAUGAAGUACAUCACCAGCAAGAGACUUUGCAAAAUAGAGUAAUUUUGUCUUAAGUGUUUUAUGCUUGUAUCAUCUGUAGAGAGAUGUAAGAGAUCACAUUAGAUAAUACUUUGUACUGCCAUUCUUAAUUGUAUUUUUUAUACUUUUGGCAGCAUUAAAUAUUUUUUUUAAUUGAAAUAAA